AUAUCUCAUUGCAUCGUUAAUAAAUCAAAUCUGUUUUCAUUGGAAUCUUUCACUAGGCUAAGCGCUUUCAUCAUCAACCAUCCUGAUGAGGUCCACUAUAUCACAUCUCCUUUCUCCGACGUUACUGCCUCCUCCCCUUAACAUUCGCCGGAAAACUCCAACUUUUCCGCUGAAGAACUCGCGAAAAUUUUCGAGUAGCAGUAGAACAAGGACCUCAGAAAUACAACUCAAAGUAUCAUCAUCAUCAUCAGAAAAUCAAACGGUCACUUUUGCACCAUCACCAACAAGGAAAGACGAUGAUGAUGUUGAUGAUUCCGAUGUAUUACCGUCUGCAUCGGAUGUAGUGAGGAGCUUUUAUAAAGGAAUCAACGAUCGCGAUCUCGGCUCCGUGGAGGAGUUAAUUGCAGAGAAGUGUGUGUACGAAGAUCUUAUCUUUCCGCGGCCGUUCGUUGGUCGGAAGGCAAUAUUAGAGUUCUUUAAGAAGUUCAUUGAUUCAUUCAGCAAGGACCUCCAAUUCGCUAUUGAAGAUAUCUCUGCUGAGGAUUCCUUAGCAGUUGGAGUCACAUGGCAUUUAGAAUGGAAGGGAAAGGCAUUCCCAUUUAGCAAAGGAUGCAGCUUUUAUAGGCUAGAGGUCAUCAACGGCACAAGACAAAUAAUUUACGGUCGGGACAUUGUUGAACCGGCAAUCAAGCCUGGAGAGGCAGCUCUGGUUGCCAUCCAGGGUGUAGUUUGGUUGCUGCAACGCUUCCCUCAGCUGGCAGAUCAGCUAUGAAUGAUAAGCCUCUCCAAGAUUUGUAAUUAUACCCUUUACUUGCAAAGUUAAAAAAUAAACAAUAUUAAUCAAUUUAUGUAUGGAAAGAUUAUUAGUAAAAUUCUCAAAGGGUAGAAAAUAAUUUCUUAUUAAAAGAGUCAUUUUUCCUUCAGAAUGACUUAAAUUUUAUUUUUACCAAGAAAAUAUUUCUAUUGAUUAAUUUUC